AUGGCGAGACUCAAGCCAUCUGGGGAUGAGCAAAGAUGGAUCAACGCGGCCAAGAGAGACGUGAUCGCCAGCUUGCAAGCUCGGCUUUCGCACGUGGAGAAGCUGAACCAACAUCAGGCAGCGCGCCUCGCGAACCUCACGCAGGAGUCGGCGGAGCGUUGGCGUCGCGGAGCGCGGGGCGAGGUGGAGGCGCUGCGGGCGGAGAAUGCCAUGCUCCGGGCGGAGGAGGAUGACAUGGAGGACGUCGAGGACGAAGUGCGGCUGCUGCGAAUUGAGCGGGACGAGUACAAGGAGCAGUUUCAGGCAAUGACGAAGUUCUUGCAGGACUAUGGCCUCACCUGGGUGGGCGAGGAGGAAGGCGAGAAGGACGACACCGUGGCGGCGAAGCUGAGUCGGCCCGGCUCCAGCCAAGGAGUAGACACUGAGGUCAUGGCCACGCGGGUGGCCGAGCUCAACGCCUUGGUGCGGCAAGAGGGCGCCCGCAUCGUGGCCACCAGGGGCCCUGGGGGCGGACGACAGGGCAGAUAG